AACGCUGACCCGGAAGUAAAUAUACUUCACGUGUUGGUGUGUGUGGAAAUGUCAACUAGCGCUGCAGCGAAAAGACCACAAACUGUGCCCCCUCAGGCUGAGGAGAGGGUGAACUGGAAGAAAAGGAAAUCAUACCUAAAGGAGGCUCAGAAGCAAAGAAAAGAGGCCAAGCUGAUCAAACAGCUGGAAAAGGAGAAACAGCAAGAGGCUGCAGAGAGAGCGAAACUUGAACAAAGCCAUAGCAAAAAUGGUCGGGCCUACACAGUGAGUGUUGCUCUGCCAGGUUCUGUCCUGGACAACGCUCAGUCCACUGAACUUCGUACAUACCUGGCGGGACAGAUCGCCCGGGCUUGUGUCGUAUUCUCUGUCGAUGAGAUCGUUGUGUUUGAUGAACAAGGGGAAGACGUCAAGAGUGUUGAAGGAGAAUUUAAAGGUGUUGGGAAGAAAGGACAUGCUUGUAUUCAGCUCGCCAGAAUACUUCAGUACCUUGAAUGUCCACAGUAUCUGCGCAAGUGGUUUUUCCCCAAGCAUCAAGAUUUACAGUAUGCAGGUUUGCUCAACCCUUUAGACAGUCCUCACCACAUGAGGGUAGAUGAUGAAUCAGAUUACCGGGAAGGGAUUGUCCUCGACAGGCCAAUCAAACCAGGAAAAGGCUCGUUGGUCAACUGUGGAAUGAGAAAGGAUGUUCGGAUAGAUAAACAGCUGCAGUCUGGACUGCGAGUCACUGUAAAACUCAAUAAAACACAGAAUCAAGAAAGCAAACUGUGUAAAGGCGUGGUGGUGGCUCCUCAUCUGCCCAGGACUGAAGGAGGACUCUACUGGGGUUACAGUGUGCGCCUGGCAUCCUGCCUCAGUGCAGUGUUUACAGAAAGUCCUUUCGAGGAAGGAUACGAUUUGACUAUUGGCACAUCGGAAAGAGGCAGCAACAUCGACCAAACAACACUGUCACCUUUCAAGCAUCUUUUGGUAGUUUUUGGAGGUCUUCAGGGGCUGGAGGCCAGUGUAGAUACUGACCAAAACCUGGAAGUGACUGACCCAGGUGUUUUAUUUGACCUUUACCUCAACACGUGUCCCAGUCAGGGCAGCAGGACCAUUCGCACAGAGGAGGCCAUCCUAGUUUCCAUGGCAGGGCUGAGACCGAAGAUCUCAGCUGCCUUUUCAGAUGUUUCCAACGCUUCAUUAAAGAAUUAGUGAUGCAAUGUAAACAAAGACAUUCUGGCAGAGGUUUUAUCACCACAGUGAUAUUCUUUGAAGCAUUGCGUACAGUUGAAACGAUCUCAAACAUCACAUCAUAUCAGUGUCGGAUGUCUCUUUGUAUUAUCUGGUUAUCUUCAUUCUGUAUGUCUUUGCUUGUAAAUGUCAAUAAAUUGUACAUAAUUAAAUACAAAUACUAUCCACA